UAUUCAAAAUCAGACCUCUCAUUGCCUUGGGGACAGCACUUAAAAGAACAUCCCAAAAUGGAGAUUUGUCCCUAACACAACCAAUGCCAAUAAAUUUUCCUUUGUGAAAAAAAAAAUGGAAUAGGGAAAGAAGAACCUAAACAAACAACAAUUGAGAAGAGAAAGAAAUUGUAAGAUCCAACCCCAGAGAUCGAUCAAAUCUUGGAGAGAACCAUAUUGCCAUAAUGAAGAAGCAAAAUACAUCAUCGACAACAAAACCUGUAAACACUGUUCUUCCAUAUCAAACCUCAAGAUUAAGGGACCACUACCUGAUAGGCAAGAAACUAGGCCAAGGCCAAUUUGGCACCACAUAUCUUUGUACCAACAAAGCCACAAACAGACAGUAUGCCUGCAAAUCAAUCCCAAAGCGAAAGCUUCUUUGCAAAGAAGACUAUGAAGAUGUGUGGAGGGAGAUCCAAAUCAUGCACCAUCUAUCUGAGCACCCAAAUGUGGUGCAAAUCAAGGGUACCUAUGAGGACACCAUGUUUGUGCACUUGGUUAUGGAAUUAUGUGGAGGUGGUGAGCUUUUUGAUAGGAUUGUGGCAAAGGGUCAUUACAGUGAGAAAGAAGCUGCUAAGUUGAUUAAAAUUAUUGUUGGCGUGGUCGAGGCUUGUCAUUCUUUGGGUGUUAUGCAUAGAGAUCUUAAGCCUGAAAAUUUCUUGUUUGAUACCCCCGGUGAAGAUGCCAAGCUUCAGGCCACCGACUUUGGGCUCUCUGUCUUCUACAAGCCAGGACAAUAUUUCUCUGAUGUAGUUGGGAGUCCAUAUUACGUUGCACCUGAGGUUUUGCUAAAGCUUUAUGGACCUGAAGUAGAUGUCUGGAGCGCAGGUGUUAUCCUUUACAUCUUGUUAAGUGGGGUUCCACCUUUCUGGGCAGAAACUGAAUCAGGAAUUUUCAGACAGAUUUUACAAGGCAAAAUAGACUUUGAAUCUGAGCCAUGGCCCAAAAUCUCGGAAAGUGCAAAAGAUUUGAUACGAAAAAUGCUUGAGAGAGACCCUAGGAGAAGGAUUUCUGCUCAUGAAGUCUUAUGUCACCCAUGGAUUGUGGAUGACAGAGUUGCUCCUGACAAACCUCUGGAUUCUGCAGUAUUAUCACGACUGAAGAAAUUCUCAGCAAUGAAUAAACUUAAAAAGAUGGCCUUGCGUGUCAUAGCAGAAAGACUUUCUGAAGAAGAAAUUGGUGGUUUGAAAGAGUUGUUUAAAAUGAUUGAUACGGACGGUAAUGGGACAAUAACAUUUGAGGAACUUAAAGUGGGUUUGAAGAGAGUGGGUUCUGAUUUGAUGGAAUCUGAAAUCAAGGCUCUAAUGGAUGCGGCUGAUAUAGACAAUAGUGGAACAAUAGACUAUGGUGAAUUUCUUGCUGCUACUUUGCACUUGAAUAAGAUGGAGAGAGAGGAGAAUUUAAUUGCUGCCUUCUCCUAUUUCGACAAAGAUGGUAGCGGUUACAUCACAGUUGAUGAGCUUCAACAGGCUUGCAAAGAGUUUGGUUUAGAUGAUGUCCAACUGGAUGAAAUGAUCAGAGAAAUUGAUCAGGAUAAUGAUGGGCGAAUAGAUUAUUCAGAGUUCGCUACAAUGAUGAGAAAGAGCGAUGAAGAUUAUGGAAGGAGCAGAACCAUGAGAAGCAAUCUGAAUUUCAAUUUGGCCGAUGCCUUGGGGAUAAAUGAACCUAACUCAACUACUCCUACUCCUAACUGAAAAUGUUGGCUUGUAUAGUUUAAGCAGUAUGCAGUAACGAGGAAAAGAAUGCUACAGCUAAGUUCUUAAUUAAAGCUGUUGUUUUUAUCUUUUUUGGGUUAGAAAUAUUCUACUAUUCUUAGUUUUAAUGAUGAAGUUCUAUAAAGCUUAUUAAUGCUCGAUAAUAACGGUUUACUGGCCCCUGCUGUUCGACAGUAACAAUUCAUUUCCCUCGAGGUUUAAGUGCAGGAUUAAUAUCACUGUGACUAUGAAAGAAGCAGCAAUUGAUCAAGUAAAUUAAAAGUGUAGAUGCUAACAUUGUCGAUUUUCAAGCCAUGGGGCCCUGCUAUUGUUGUGGUUAUAAUGCUUGGAAUGUUGUAAUGCUCGGAAUGUACUUCCCAUUGUCACAUUUUGUUCAUAAUAAAUAGUUCGUGUUUUACAGUAAA